AUGUCCGAGGACAGUCAGUCCACAGAGUCGCUGCCGCCGUCGGCUGAGCAGUCCGACUCUGCUGGUCCUGGCUCUGGUCCCGCAAAUGCCAACAGCGACAACAAUAAUGAUUCAUCACCGGCACGAAGCAAAUCUCGCAAUGCCGCCCCAGCCACCAAAACUGCAACUCCCACUGAAAAGUUUGAGGAGGCCAAGACCACCGAUGCCACUGCUCCUACUAAUGCCAAUGGUGCUGUCGCUCAGUCACAGCCCAUGACUGUCUCUAAUUCCACUUCAUCAGAAAUGACCUCAAUGACUGACGCCGCCAGCAAUGCGGCUGCUCCUUACAGCACUCGCUCGCGUGGCCGUCGCGAUGGCGCACCACGUCCGAACUAUGCUGAGGAUGUUGAAAUGGACUUUGAAUUAACAAGUCCUGCUCCCGGUACCAAAUCUGCUGCAAACUCUACCAAACGCAACACCGCCGUCUCUAGUGUUACUGGCUCSCCCUCAGCGGCUGUAGACAGCGACAAGGGCCCAGCCGCCAGUACCCGGAAAGGCCAGUCGACAGCUGCUAAUGCCACCACCAACGGUACUCAAGCGAAUGCUGCCGCCAAGGAGCCUAUUCCCGGUACUUCGACUUUUUCUGCCAAUGCCACCAACAGUAACAAUGCUUCAUCAGCUUCGUCAGUGUCGCGAAAGCGAAAGCAACCGCCCAGUGGUGCUACUGGCGCCAACUCUACUGGCACUGCUAAACGAGUUUCCAGUUCGACUUCUGGGUACAAGCACGACAUCCGACUGUCGAGUAUGAUGACUUUCGAAAACUCUGGUGCGCGCUUGAGGAAUGGUAAACUGAAAGCUGACGACGGUACAACUCUCGAAGUGAACGAUCACGUCUUUUUGAUUUGCGAACCCCCAGGUGAACCAUACUACUUGGGUCGCAUCAUGGAGUUUCUACCCGCAAAAGGCAACCCAACUGGCCCCGUCGAAAUGGUGAGGGUCAAUUGGUACUACAGACCCAAAGACAUUCAACGCAGAGUUCCAGAUCCUCGCUUAGUAUUUGCUUCAAUGCACUCCGACCCUUGCCCGCUUUCUUCUCUUCGAGGCAAGUGUACUAUCAAGCACAUAUCCGAAAUCGAGAAUCUGGAUGAGUAUCGCAAGAAACGAGACUCCUUCUGGUACGACAAGAUGUUUGAUCGCUACAUGCUUCGUUAUUAUGAAGUUGUUCCCACGAAGGAGGUGAUCAACGUACCCACUCACGUUAAGCGAGUUCUUGACGAGAGAUGGAGAUUUGUGCUUUGUGAACCGGCUAGGAAGAAGGAGCUUACGGGUGCUGUCAAGACCUGUGUCAAGUGUGCACUUUAUGCUGCUAGCGUUGACUCGGUCGACUGUGCCGUGUGCCACAACACAUACCAUAUGAACUGCGUAAAGCCGAAAUUGACCAAAAAGCCAGCUCGUGGAUUCGCAUGGGCUUGUGCUUUGUGUAGUCGUGCACAAGAACGCAAAUUGGAAGCUCGCAACACUCCGCUGAUCGGUGAGACUCUGCCGGAAAUCGAAGAGGAUCUACCAGAAGAAGAAGAGGAAGACCAGAACAAUCAUGCCGCCGUUGGAACCGAACGAAGCAGCCCUGCAGCGGAUGAUGACAAGAAGCCUGCMCCCGCCACAGCCGCUCAAAUCGCGCAAGCGAAGAUGUGGCCGUACCGAUAUUACGGCAUUCACUGCCAGUUAGAAGAUGCCCUAGACUACGAUGACCGUAUUUAUCCCCGAGCGAGCUCUCGCAUUGGUACUCGGCAUCAAGCUAUUGUCAGCCCAUGGUACGGAAAGCCCGUCGAGUAUAUCAAGCCUGUUGACCUCAAGAAAAAAGCCAAAUCGACCAAGAGUGGAAGCAGCAAAUUGUCCAAGGCAACUUUGGCAGCUAUCGAGGCUGAAAAGCAGGAGAGAUUGAAACGACCUUGGGUUAUGGAUGAGCCUACGGGCUUCAUUCGCCGAGGCGAGGAUGAACCGGUCAUGGUCAACGGGAAAGAAGUUCGUACGGCAGAGCUAAUCUUUAAGAUGCCUGAGCCCAAUCAGAUACCUUCUAGCCGAGGCGAGGAUGACCACCCAGCACCCGAAAUGAGCCAGGCUGAUUGCGAAAAAUUCAUUGACGAAUACAUGGCCAAAGCUAAAGACGUGGCGGCGGACAGAGGCCUUCCAAAGUACCACACAAACUUCUUGGACAAGGCUCUCGAGUAUCUUUAUGCCGAAAAAUUCAAUGUUGAGAGUGCCCUGAAGCGCCUAAAAAAGGCAGAUCUUUACAAGGAUUUGAGAGAGCCCAAGCUUAGCAAAGAGCAAAAAGCUCUCUUUGCUGAGGGUGUUUCGAAAUACGGAUCUGAAUGGAUCAAUAUUCGCCGGCACAUUGGAAACAUCGAACACCGACACGUCGUUCGUUAUUACUACAUGUGGAAGAAGACUCCAGAAGGACGACGAGUGUGGGGUGCUUAUGAGGGACGUCAUGGAAAGAAGGAGGCUAAACGUGCAGACUCUACAUCAAAGUUACUGGACGACAUUGCCGACGAAGCGGACGACUCAGCAUUCGAUAAUGAGAAGGCUAGCACAAAGAAACGCGGUUUCCAGUGCAAGUUCUGUUUGACUCGUAGUUCGCCUCAAUGGCGCCGUGCUCCGCUCACACUCCCUGGUGCCACAGUGCCAGCCGAGCCAUCUUCGAAGAAGGCAGAUAAAGGUGGUCAGCUUGCAGUCGCAUUGUGCCAUAGAUGUGCGCUUCUGUGGAGAAAGUACGCAAUCGAGUACAAAGACGCCGAAGAAUUAGCGAAAAAGCUUCAAGCUAGUGGAAAUAAAGCUUGGCGUCGCAAGUUGGACGACGAGUUGUGUGCUCAAGCCUUGGUUCAGCAGGAGACGCCACAGAUUACAACUGCACCGUCGACCGGGGCUGUCGUUAAUGCUGUGCCCGUCACUGAGACUGCACCUGAGCCAGCCAAGAAAAAGCGACCGUUGGAGAAGGAUAGCGCCAGUGCGUCAGCUAGAAACUCUGUCGAGCCACCUGCAAAGAAGAAGGCCGUUGAAAAACCAGUGGAGCCUCCUCCACUCGUCCCAGAUCCACCUCGCGCAAAGGUCUUACCCUGUGCUAUUUGCAGAAAACCGGACCCCUCAGGAGAAACCAGUGUUACGUGCAGAGACUGCCGGCUUACUGUUCACUACGGUUGCUAUGGAGUGGGGCCAGACAGCUGCCAUGCAAAAUGGCUUUGUGAUAUGUGUUCGAACGACCGCAACCCAGUAGUUUCGACUCUGUAUGAAUGCGUCAUGUGUCCUGUGACUCUGACAGAGCAAGAGUUGAUGGAAGCUCCCAAGUCUUCGAGUCAUAAGAAGAAAACCGAACGUGACCGAGAGAAGGAGAGGAUGGAGAAGGAAAUGGUACUCGAAGCCAUUAAGCUCUACCAGCAGCGACAAGAGGCUGUCGGCAAGCCUAUCCAUCCGCGUGAGCCGUUGAAACGGACUGUGGGUAACAACUGGGUUCACGUCAACUGCGCAAUCUGGCAUCCCGAAAUCAAGUUUGGAAAAGCCGAAGAAUUGGAACCCGCAGAAGGAUUUGGACUGAUUCCACGAGAGCGAUACCGAGAAUCGUGCAAAGUCUGCAAGACGACCGCUGGAGCGUGUGUUGCGUGUCAUUAUCCGAACUGUAACGCGAAGUUCCAUGUUGGAUGUGCGCUUCAGGCAGGCUAUACCUUUGGGUUUGACGUGACGCCUGUCAAAGGCUCUCGCAGGGACUCAACAAUCACUAUGAAGAUGGGUGGAGAGAAUGGUUCUGUUUCACCAAGCAUCUGGUGUCCCAAUCAUGCUGUGCAGUCCGUCGUGCAUGAUAUGAGCGAACCCACUGAUCAGAACAAUCUCACUGCUUUGGAGCUGUACGUGCGGACGUAUAAGCAAGCAGAUCUCAGCAUGACGGGAACAGUCCGCAAGGCAGCACAUGUCCAGCAGCAACAACAAAAUGCUCAGUCUGUCUUCCAGAGUAAUGGUCACGGAGCCCGCCGAGCAUCUCUUAUUAACAGUGCUGGUUCGGCAACUGCAAGCGAGAGAAGAAAUUCGACAUCCACCAUUCAAGAUCCGACCGAGGCAGUUCAGCCUAGUACACACGCAGAACCUCUACGUCUACAGUCUGAGCACAAAACCUGCGUAUACUGCAGGUCAUCUUGCAGUCCCCGGUGGUGGCCCGUCCAUCAGUAUCCACCUACAACCAUUCUGAGCAAUGGAAUGAAUCAUUUGAUGAAUGGGGGCUCGCACUCACGGACCAUAUCGCAGGCAUCAAACUCAUAUAUUAAUGGAGAUAUACGGCCCAAUGAGCAAGUCUACGAAUGCCACAAGUGCCACAUCAAAAAGCCCGCGGCAUCAUUACAACCUUCUCCAGAGACGCUUCCUGCUGGGCCGUUCGCGACGCAAACCCCGCGAGGUAGUCUUUUACCUGCACCGCGACAGCCAGAAUACACUCCAUACACACAUGGCAAUCCUGGUUCAUUACAAAAUGUCUUGACAAGCCGUCCUCAUGGCCCUCCAUCGGGGCCGGUUCCUUCCGGGCCUGAAUGGUACAGCAGUUACGACAAGCGUCUGGGUACUCAUGGAGGUCCCCAGGCCAAUGGAUACGGACAUCAACCUUCUCCUUUCCCUGGUGGUUCAUUGCCCCAUCUCAAUGGUUAUGCCAGCGGGCCAUCGUCUGGACCACCAGCCUCUACAGCUACGCCUUUACCCGGGCCCCAGCCUUCAUCCGCACCGUCGCAUGCUCAUCCCCUUCCUAGUUCUGGACCUGGUCCAAGUCCUCAUAUCCCCCCAGUGAGUACUCACCAUCAUCAGCCGCCAGGGCACUAUGGACCUUUGCCUCCACCGCCGCCAUCGCAUUCCUACGUUGGCUCUGGGCUGGGCGUACCGUCGAUACUCUCGCCGCGUGCACCGCCAGCUCGGCCGUUUGGCACGUCCAUGUCACCUCCUGACUUGCACGCAAGUCUGCACCGGUCGCCACCGACACAUGGACUUCCUUCUGCACGGCCGCGAUUAUACUCUAUUGAUCGUUUCGCGGCUCCUCCUUUAGCCAAGCCCCAUACAGAGACACUGCCGGGAAUUCUUGAUGAACAUGCGCGACCUCCAAGUAGUGGACGAUACUCUGGCCCUGGACCUAGUGGUAGUGGUAGUGGAACGGGUGGAACGAGUGGCACCGGCACAAACGGCGGCAGCGGAGCCAGUGCAAGUCCAUCUUUGAAGAACUUGCUUUCUUAG